AUGCGUUUGCAAGUGGUCUCCGCCGUGGCCGCGUGGGCUGUUUCCUCGGCCUGUCAGAGCUUGUCUGUCAGUCGGGACCUUUGGUCUCGCGAUGUCAACUACAAGGCGCUCAGCGAGAAGCUUUCCAGCUCCGCUAAGGUUUACUACCCUGACUCGGAUGAGUUUGAGGAGGCUUCCUCUCGGUGGUCCAAUUUAGAGAUACCCACCGUAAAUAUCAUCGUCGUUCCGAGUACUGAGAAUGAUGUCGUCGAGACGGUGAAAUUCGCCAAUAAGAAGGAAUUGCCUUUCCUAGCUUACAAUAGCGCCCAUGGAGCAAUCACCACCCUAGGAAAGAUGACCAGCGGUAUCGAGAUCUAUUUGGACCAGCUCAGCGGUGUCGAUGUCGCCGAGGAUGGCAAGACCGUUACCAUUGCUGGUGGAACCAAGUCUAAGCUGGUGACUGACACGCUCUGGGAUGCUGGAAAGCAGACGGUCACUGCUGCCUGCGAAUGUGUCAGCUACGUCGGCCCCGCCCUGGGUGGUGGCCACGGCUGGCUUCAAGGCCGCCACGGACUUAUUGCUGACCAGUUCGAGUCGAUGAACAUCGUGCUUGCCAACGGUACUCUUGUCACUCUGGAUUCCAGCUACGAGCUCUGGUGGGCUGUCAAGGGUGCCGGUCACAACUUCGGCAUCGUCACCUCCGUUACCUCUAAGAUCUUCGACAUCGAGCACAAGGAUUGGGCCAUUGAGAUCAUCACUUUCAGUGGCGACAAGGUCGAGAAGAUCUACGAGGCUGUCAACAAGUAUCUCCUUAAGAACGGCACCCAGCCCACCGACAUUAUUAACUGGUCGUACUGGUUUAACAAACCCGAUGCGGAUGCUAGCAACCCUGUUAUCCAAGUGCUAAUCAUCCAAGAAGGCGUUAAGGCCGUCGACUCCGCCUACACUGCCCCCUUCCACUCUAUGGGCCCCAUAUCCAUCGAGCCCCAGAGCGGCAGCUACACCGACCUCGCCGAAUGGGUCGGCAUCACCACGACUUCGGGACCCUGCCAGAAGGACGGAGCGAUGAACCCACGAUUCCCCAACUACCUCGAGACGUACGACGUGGCUGCGCAGAAGAAAGCCUACGAGGUCUUCGCCGAGGGUGUCCGCGGCUCUUCGGUCUUCAACAACUCCUUGGUCACGUUCGAUGGAUACUCCACGGAAGGCGUGAAGUCCAUCGACGCCAAGAGUACCGCGUUCGCCUUCCGUGAUCAGAAUAUCCUCAUCGGGCCCUUGAUCACCUACAUGCCUGACGGCGUCGAGCUGGACGAAAAGGCCGCUAAGCUGGGUAACCAGAUCCGACAGAUUCUACACGAGGGGUCAGGACGCGAGCAUGUGCGCGCGUAUGUCAACUAUGCGUAUGGCGACGAGGGCCCCAAGGAGUGGUAUGGUAGUGAGAGCUGGAGACAGAGCCGGUUGCAAAGCUUGAAGAAGAAAUAUGAUCCUAAUGGGAUGUUCAGCUUCUAUGCGCCAAUUGCUUAG